AGAAAUGAACAAAAAAUAAGAAUUAGCUGCUUUGUACAAGCAACCAGAUUAAUAUUACUAGGAUGCUUUAGAUAAUUAUAAUAAUGGAAAACAAUAUUCAAAUUAUAAUAAUCCUAACACAUAUGAAUAACCAUAAUUGUUACAAUAAUCAAAUAAAUAUGAUCAUUAUCAAUAACCAAAUGAUGAUGAAGAAUUAUAUUCAAAAGUAUCUUUUUAUAAUAUUUAAAUCAAGUACAAAUAAGGAAAUAGUGGUAGUAAAUAAUAGUACAAUGGUAAACCACCAAUUGCCUAAUAUAAUCCUAUCACAGGUAUUGCUUAUGAGAAUGCUUAUACUAAUUAAAGAGUUCAAGAACCAUAAUAAUAAUAAUAAUAAUAAUAGGAUGAUGCACUUAGUUAAUUUAGUUAAUGUAUUAUAUAUUAUUAUAAUCAUAUAGUGUAAUAACAUAAAGUUACUUCGAUGAAGAAUAAAACUUCAAAUAUUUUUAAUACAGAUAUGUAAGAGACUGAAAACAUUAAUAAUAAUAGAUAAAAUAGUAGAAUUUAAAAUAAAAGAAAAGAAUUAGAUGAUGCUCAAUAUAAAGGAUAUGGUAUGAUUUAUUAAAUGAUUUAUCUUUUAGGUUAAUUUUAUAAGAAUCCAAUUGAACCAAUCCCAAAUCAAUAUAGAGAACAGAAAUUCGUUAAUAGAAAUAUGAUUGACAAUCGCAUAUUUCCACAAUGAUUAUAUAAUUAUAUAUUAA